CGCGCCGGGCAGCGCAGCGGGGAGCGCCGGGGGAGCGGAGCGGAGCGGAGCGGCCGGUACCGCCGAGCAGCGGCGGCGGCGGGCGGGAGGAGCGCGGCCGCGGGGGCCCCCGGCGGAGCCCGCCGACACCGGCAGAGCCGCGCCCCGGGCCCCGGCAGCCGCCGCCCCGCCCGGCCCCGGGGGCGCCGGGCCCGGGCGGCCCGGCCAUGCUCGGGCUGGAUGUGUGCGAGGCCGGCGGGCAGCUGCUGGAGCUGCUCUGGCUGGCGCUCUGCUACCGAGACAUCAUGGCUGACAAGGAGGGGGUGACGCUGUCACUGGAGGAGGAGGAGGAUGCCGAUGUGGCCCUGGCGUACAAGACGCCGGAGAAGAAGAGCCUGCGGGAGAUCCAGGAGCUGGACCCGGGGGAUGAGAGCCUGCGGAAGUACAAGCAGGCGCUGCUGGGUGCCAUCCCUGCCGCCGUGGAUGCCAGCGUGCCCAAUGUGCAGGUGACGAGGCUCACCCUGAUGUGCGAGCAGGCACCAGGGCCCAUCACCAUGGACUUGACAGGUGAGCAGUGGGGGCACCCCUGGGAGGAGGAGGAGGAGGACAGGAGGAGGAGAAAGGGGUGCCAAGCUCACGGGCCGUCUCCCCGCGCAGGAGACCUGGAGGUGCUGCGGGGCCGAGCCUUCGUGCUGAAGGAGGGGGUGGACUACAGGGUGAAGGUGUCCUUCAAGGUGAACAGGGAGAUCGUCUGCGGGCUGCGGUGCCUGCACCUCACCUACCGCCGGGGCCGGCCCGUGGACCGCGACGUCUUCAUGGUGGGCAGCUACGCGCCGCGGGCCGAGGAGUACGAGGUGGUGACGCCGGCGGAGGAGGCGCCGCGGGGCUGGCUGGCACGGGGCUCCUACCGCGUCCGCUCCCUCGUCACCGACGACGACAAGACGGAGCAUCUCUCCUGGGAGUGGGGCCUCUGCAUAAAGAAGGCCUGGGAGGACUGACCCCCCCACACCCCCCGCCCCCAACCCGCACCCCGGUGUCCCCCCCGCCAGCUCGGGGACGUGGUGCCCACCAGCCCAGGGGACACCUUGCCGGCACCGCUGCCCUCGCCCCCGUCCUGUGAAGGGUGUGUGUGGGGAGGGUCCCUUAGCGAGCGGGUGCCCACGGUCGUGGUCUUCGCAACCAAAGUUAUUUUUAAUUGCUGUUUUUUUUUUAAAUACCAACGCCUGCCUGGUCCCCGUGGUGUCCCCAUCGCUGGGGCCGUGACACCACUGUGCCCGGCCGCCCGCCCAGUCGCAGGCUGUGCUCUUCCAUCGCCAUUAAACCCUACAGACUGGUCUCUUA